GGGUGGAGAAGGGCUGGGACAACUCAGCUCUCCGUCUAUUUAAAGGCAAGGGUGGGGUCUCUUUAGCUACCUCUUGGAGAUUGUUGCACCUUGGUGAAGAGGAGCACUAGCCUGUCAGAGCAGCACCAUGUCUUGCGGACCAGUGUGCACCAACUUGGGUCUCAAGCCUGGCCAGCGCCUCACUGUCAAGGGAAAAAUUGCACCAAAUGCCAAGAGCUUUGUGAUGAAUCUAGGGAAGGAUGCUUCCACCCUUGGGCUUCACUUCAACCCCCGUUUUGAUGCUCAUGGUGAUGUGAACACCAUUGUGUGUAACUCGAAGAAGGUGGAAGAGUGGGGUGCGGAGCACAGGGAGUCUAACUUCCCUUUCCAGAAGGGGGGCACAGCAGAGAUUACUUUUGCUGUCAACCAAAAUGAUCUGACAGUCCACCUGCCAGGCCACCAGUUCACAUUCCCUAACCGGCUUGGACUCUCUGUCUUUGACUACUUUGAUACACAAGGGGACUUCACACUCCAGUCCCUUAGCUGGGAAUAACUUCCUCUGACACCUCCAUCUCAAAGACACAGAAAAAGCAAUCAAUAAAGAGUUUUGGUCUA